AUGUCACAAUCGGAUGAGCAGCAGAAGGAUAUUCCUUCUUCAUCAAACACCGGAAGCAGUGAAACGAAUGGAGCUGGUAAUGGUCCACAAGUUCAAGUUCGUCGACUUUUCGACAACACUUCCGAUGAAUCGGAUGUAUCAUUAGAUAAUGAUGAUAAAACUGGAGCUGAAACUGAUGGAUCAUCGUCCAGUCGAGGAUGUCUGAAAAGUAAUCGAUCCCGCAAAGACUAUGCUGGAAGUUCUAGUACAAGAGCUGUUCGUGCUCCUCAACAGGUUUCGUGGUCGUUUGGUGCCAAACCAGCAACUCCUCACUCUCAACCACCAACUGGACUCAAAAAAGUGCCCGCCAUCUCCGCCACGUCUUCAACAUCACAAGCCGGAUCAUCGACAUCUACUGCUCGUAAAUCGUCGUUGGUUGGAGGUCGUGGUUCGGCAUCUUCAUCAGGACAUACAAGUCCUUCUCCUUCUGAAUCUCCUGCUCGAAACGCGGGUUGCUCUUCUUCGGGUGAAUCAAAUCCGGAUAGAUCUCUGGCUACACCGCCUCUUCCACCUGCACUUAAGCAUUCUGGAAAGGACGGACACUAUCGCGGUCAACGUUCAAUGUCACUUGGAGGACCGGCUCAUGAAAUGCUAAUGUCUCAAUUAGGAGGCCGUCCGGGAAAUACAGUCGAUUGCUCACCAGGCGAAGGCGAUAAAGUUUGUCUUCUGGUGGAUCAAACGAGGUUCCUCGUCUCCCAACGUCUUCUCACUUCUAAACCUGAUACCAUGCUCGGCCGAAUGUUUUCAAUGCGAGCUUCAUGUGGCGACUUGGGUGCAGAUCUUGUAACUCCGAAUGAAAGAGACGAAUUCGAAGUUGCGGAUGGAAUGACUUCGUCCUGUUUCCGAGCGAUUCUGGAUUAUUAUCAGUCAGGCACAAUGAGGUGUCCAUCUUCUGUUUCGGUGUCAGAAUUGCGUGAAGCAUGUGAUUACCUAUUGGUUCCAUUCAAUGCACAGACUGUCAAAUGUCAAAACUUGCACGCUCUACUUCAUGAACUGUCGAAUGAGGGGGCCCGAGAGCAGUUUUCCCAGUUUCUCGAGGAGAUAAUAUUGCCGCAGUUGGUAGCUUCAACUGAACAUGGAGAACGUGAAUGUCAUUUGGUGGUACUCCUGGAUGAUGAUGUUGUCGAUUGGGAUGACGAAUAUCCACCACAAAUGGGAGAAGAAACAACACAUGUAGUCUACUCGACUCAUCUUUACAAGUUUUUCAAGUAUGCCGAAAAUCGGGAUUGUGCGAAACAAGUGCUGAAAGAGCGAGGUCUCAAAAAGAUUCGUUUGGGAAUGGAAGGAUAUCCAACGCACAAGGAAAAGAUCAAGAAGCGAUUCAACAAAGCGGAAGUAAUUUACAAUUAUGUUCAGCGACCAUUUGUGCAUUGCUCGUGGGAGAAGGAAGAAGCCAGAAGUCGUCAUGUUGACUUCGCUUGCCCAAUAGUCAAAUCGAAAUCGAAUCCUUCACUCGCGGCAGCAGCUUCUGAUCCUCUUCCUCAACCGGCUCCCCUUCAACAACAACAUAGAGUCGCCGUAUUUGGAGAAGCUGCUCCUCUUGCUGCACAACAUCGUUUUGAUGACCCCCAUCUUGCUCAACCAAUUUUCAAUCAUGUGAUGCAACAACAGCCGCAACCACCGCAAAACAACGCCAUGUUGGGCGUCAAUGUGCAGCAGCAACAGUAG